CCGGGCUUGCCUUCUUCCCUUUUGUUUCAACUGAAAGCGGAGCGUUCACUCACUGUCGUCUUCUCAAAAUCGAAACCGAAGAAGACAAAACCGUCAAAACAACGCUCAGCAUUUCUAGAGGAUCAAGAACAUCAUGAGAAUCUUCCUGGGAUCCAAUCUCUUAAAGAAUGGUGUAUCCUGGAGUGGUUUCAAGGGAUCUCUAAUAUUUGCUCUUGGAUUCUACACAAAUAAGGCUCUGAACCCUAGUGUAAACACAAUACUUAAAGAAGCCAGAGAGUCGUUGGAUGAAGCCAAGUCCUUAGGAGCGGAGUGUAUUGCUCACUUGGAUAAGUUGAGAGAAACCCGAAAGACAAUGAACCAUCUAAAGCAGUUGUAUGAUGCUCGAACCGAUGAGUUGGAAGAACUUCAAAGAGGCAAUGGCGUGUUUUGAUUUGCAGGGAGAAGAUGUGUGGAGUUCUUUCAUCUCAGGAAAUGGAUGAGAAGAAGAAACGAAUCUGUUCAGGUGCAGAGAAUGAAGGCAGAAUGUGGAAUCUUAAAGUAGUUUAAGGUUUUCGAUAAUGAUCUCAUUUUAUUUAGUAGCUCUUAAAUUAGUAGGAUACAUAUCUGAAAUGUUUAAUCCUUGAAUAUAUAUAAACUUUUGAUGUUUUUGAAAUAUUAGUGUCAACUUCUGAGACGCAUCUUUAUU